UAUUGUAUCAAUCAAUGGCUUCGAAGCAGAGCUUCUUCCACGACAGCAGAAUUUGAGACUUCAUAUUCUGUUGUGAUUCUUGUUAUAUUUAUUGAAGUUUAUAACCUUUUAUUUACUUUUGUGUCGCAUCCACAAUGGGUUGCAUGUGUGGUAAAGAGUCUCUGUCCAUAGAUGACCGGAGAUUUUUCAUAAGACAGCGGCUAGGAGAAGGAGGUUUCAGCUACGUUGAUUUGGUAGAAGAUGCUGUUUCCCACAAGACGUAUGCCCUCAAGAGAAUUCUUUGUCAUUCAAAAGAAGAAGAGCAGAUAGCCCUACAAGAAGUGGAGGUGAUGCGGGCAGUAGCUCAUCCCAAUGUCAUCCCACUGGAGUGUCACUCCUUCCAUAAAGUCGGGCAAUAUUCUAAAGCAGUUGAUAUAACCUGUGAAGUCUUCCUAGUUAUACCACUGUAUAGGAGAGGUACCCUUCAAGAUCGAAUAGACACCCUGAAAUUAAAGAAAGAAAAAUUUACAGAAGAUGAAAUCUGGAAGCUCAUGCUUGGCAUUUGCAAAGGGAUCAAAGCAUUACAUGAUCAUAAUCCCCCAUAUGCACACAGAGACAUCAAACCUGACAACGUGAUGACUCACGAUGAUGGCACUCCUGUUGUCAUGGACUUGGGAUCAGCAGCCCCAGCUCGUAUGGAGAUUCAUACUGCACGACAAGCUACCUCUUUGCAGGAUACUGCAGCAGAAAGGUGCUCCAUGUUGUAUAGAGCCCCCGAACUCUUCACUGUGGAAACAAACUCCUCAAUCGAUGAAAGAACAGACAUCUGGUCAUUAGGUUGUGUGCUGUAUGCCCUUGCAUAUCUCGAGUCUCCAUUUGAAAGUGCCUACCAGAGAGGAGAUAGUUUAGCCCUUGCCACAAUGGCUGGAAAAAUUAAUUUCCCAGAUUCGUCCGAGUAUUCCUCCAAAAUAAAUGAUAUUAUCCUGUGGAUGCUCAAGUCUGAUCCUCAAGAAAGGCCAUUCAUUGAUCAAGUGCUUGAUAGGCUACACUCUAUCAUCCAUGAGGGAGAAAAUCGUGUAUGAGGUUCCUACAAAUUAAGUGCAUAUUAUAUAUAUAUAUAUAUAUAUAUAAUUUGAUAAUUGUGAUACAUUUUCAGACUGUCAUUUUUGCUUUUCCUUUAUUUAACUAUUUGAAUUUUAAUCUGAUCUGACUAAUAAGUAUCUGCAUAGACUGAAAAUGUUUGCUUUUCUUGGUUUACUCAGGUUGAUGGUGUGUUCUAGAUUGUUAUGUUGUUGCUGCUAUCAGAAUAUUUUUUGUAUUGGUUAGGUUAUUAUUUGCAAUAUGACAGUGCAUCUGGUGAAAUGCAUUUUGCUUAUGAAAUUAAUGUGUUCAUAUACAAUUCAAAAUGAGGCUUUGGUUGUUUUUAUGAAAUAUUUGAAAUGAGGCUUCUGUUUACUGAUGAUACAGUAAGGUCAUUGAAUAUGAGUUUUGUGUCAACAUUUUAUUUAGCAUUUUGAAAAGAAGCCACAGAUAUGAUAAAGUCUACAGACAUGAGUAGAAAUCUAUGUUUGUACUCAAAGUUACUUUUAUCUUCUUCAUCAUUUUGACUGAAUAAAAAUGCUAGUCAUUGAGGCAUGUUUUCUGUUUGUAAUCUUGUCUUCAUCAAGAUCAUUUUAACAUCAUGAGCAACGUUAAAAUAUUGAAAAUAAUCAAAUGUAAUGGAUUUAAAAUUAUGUUAAAAAAUGAGUAGGAAGUGAUAUUUAUUGAUAAGUUUUACCCUCUGAUGUCAGUAAGAUAAUUAGGUUGGUACUCUUGUAAUAUAUGAAUUUGACUAAAGCUCAGAAGACCACAGUUUUCAUUCUUUUUUUUUUUCUUUCGCUUUUGAUGUUGAUAAUUAGUAGCAUUAGGAGUGCAAUAAUUGAAUCGAAACAAAUUUUUGUCAAUGUUCAUGAAACGAUUUUGCUGGAACUUUGAUUAUACCUUACUGUACAAAUUUAGCAAGACUCUAAAUUGCUUGCUGGGCAAUUUUCAUUAAAACUUGAACUUUUCUUAAUAUUUGCAUCAAAUUUUAGAUUUCAACCAAACAACUUAAAAAUGUACCCAGCACAUCUUUGACAUGUGUAGUUUUGAUAUCUCUACACAGCUGUGUCAAGAGCUUGUUUGGUUUAUUUUGCGGAAUGAUCUCAGCAGUCAGUUAUUUGCUAUUGUUUUACUGGUCUGUAUGUUGGUAACCUUUUAAUGUUAACAUCAAAAUCCUCGUACCUGCAAGCAUUUUUAAUCACAAGUUCUGCAUAUUUCAAACUUCUCAUCUGCCCUAGUAUUUGAGAAAUAUUAACUUCAAUUUUCACUUUUUUUUUGGGGGGGGAG